CGCAGCCCCGCCGCCGCCGCCGCCGCCGCCCCCGCCGCCGGGGACAUGUCUAACCCUGGGGGCCGGAGGAACGGGCCCGUCAAGCUGCGCCUGACAGUACUCUGUGCAAAAAACUUGGUGAAAAAGGAUUUUUUCCGACUUCCUGAUCCAUUUGCUAAGGUGGUGGUUGAUGGAUCUGGGCAAUGCCAUUCUACAGAUACUGUGAAGAAUACACUUGAUCCAAAGUGGAAUCAGCAUUAUGACCUGUAUAUUGGAAAGUCUGAUUCAGUUACGAUCAGUGUAUGGAAUCACAAGAAGAUCCAUAAAAAACAAGGUGCUGGAUUUCUUGGUUGUGUUCGACUUCUUUCCAAUGCCAUCAACCGCCUCAAAGACACUGGUUAUCAGAGGUUGGAUCUAUGCAAACUUGGGCCAAAUGACAACGAUACAGUUAGAGGACAGAUAGUAGUAAGCCUUCAGUCCAGAGACCGGAUAGGCACAGGAGGACAAGUUGUGGACUGCAGUCGUUUAUUUGAUAAUGAUUUACCAGAUGGCUGGGAAGAAAGGCGAACUGCCUCUGGAAGAAUCCAGUAUCUAAACCACAUAACAAGAACUACACAGUGGGAACGCCCAACACGACCAGCAUCUGAAUAUUCUAGUCCCGGCAGACCUCUUAGCUGCUUUGUUGAUGAGAACACUCCAAUUAGUGGAACAAAUGGUGCAACGUGUGGACAGUCUUCGGAUCCCAGACUGGCCGAGAGGAGAGUCCGGUCACAACGACAUAGAAAUUACAUGAGCAGGACACAUUUACAUACUCCUCCAGACCUACCAGAAGGCUAUGAGCAGAGGACAACACAGCAAGGUCAGGUGUAUUUCUUACAUACUCAGACUGGUGUGAGCACGUGGCAUGAUCCAAGAGUGCCUAGGGAUCUUAGCAACAUCAAUUGUGAAGAGCUUGGUCCAUUGCCUCCUGGAUGGGAGAUCCGUAAUACUGCAACAGGCAGAGUUUAUUUCGUUGACCACAACAACAGAACGACACAAUUUACAGAUCCUCGGCUCUCUGCUAACUUGCAUUUAGUUUUAAAUCGGCAGAACCAGUUGAAAGACCAACAGCAACAGCAGGUGGUAUCGUUAUGUCCCGAUGAUGCAGAGUGUCUGACAGUCCCACGGUACAAGCGAGACCUGGUUCAGAAGUUAAAAAUUUUGCGGCAAGAACUUUCCCAACAACAGCCUCAGGCUGGUCAUUGCCGCAUUGAGGUUUCCAGGGAAGAGAUUUUUGAGGAAUCAUAUCGGCAGGUCAUGAAAAUGAGACCAAAAGAUCUGUGGAAGCGAUUAAUGAUAAAAUUUCGUGGAGAAGAAGGCCUUGACUAUGGAGGGGUUGCCAGGGAGUGGUUAUAUCUGUUGUCACAUGAAAUGUUGAAUCCUUACUAUGGCCUCUUCCAGUAUUCAAGAGAUGAUAUCUAUACAUUGCAGAUCAAUCCUGAUUCUGCAGUCAAUCCGGAACAUUUAUCCUAUUUCCACUUUGUUGGACGAAUAAUGGGAAUGGCCGUGUUUCACGGACAUUACAUUGAUGGUGGCUUCACAUUGCCUUUUUAUAAACAGUUGCUCGGGAAGUCCAUUACUUUGGAUGACAUGGAGUUAGUUGAUCCAGAUCUUCACAACAGUUUGGUGUGGAUUCUUGAGAAUGAUAUUACAGGUGUUUUGGACCAUACCUUCUGUGUCGAACAUAAUGCAUAUGGUGAAAUUAUUCAGCAUGAACUUAAACCAAAUGGCAAGAGUAUCCCUGUUACUGAAGAAAAUAAAAAAGAAUAUGUCAGGCUCUACGUGAACUGGAGAUUUUUACGAGGCAUUGAGGCACAGUUCCUGGCUCUGCAGAAAGGAUUUAAUGAAGUAAUUCCACAGCAUCUGCUGAAGACAUUCGAUGAGAAGGAGUUAGAGCUCAUUAUUUGUGGACUUGGAAAGAUAGAUGUUAAUGACUGGAAGGUAAACACCCGGUUAAAACACUGCACGCCAGACAGCAAUGUCGUCAAGUGGUUCUGGAAAGCUGUGGAGUUCUUUGAUGAAGAGCGAAGAGCACGGUUACUUCAGUUUGUGACAGGAUCAUCUAGAGUGCCUCUGCAGGGCUUCAAGGCUUUACAAGGUGCUGCUGGCCCACGACUCUUCACCAUACACCAGAUCGAUGCCUGCACCAACAACCUGCCAAAGGCCCACACGUGCUUCAAUCGAAUAGACAUUCCGCCCUAUGAAAGCUAUGAAAAGUUAUACGAAAAGCUGCUAACGGCCAUCGAAGAGACAUGUGGGUUUGCUGUGGAAUGAUGAACUUCACGGAUUUACCCCGGACUCUAUUUAUACCCUGACCGACAGCCUCCUUUCAGCAAAGUUGCCCGGAAUGCUGAAAUACAGGAAAAUGCCCCACCCCCCCUAAAAAAAAAAAAAAUGUUUAGGACACUGUGAGGGGAAAGGACAAUUUUGAAAUUCCUUUUCAAGGAAAAAAGAGGUCUUUAUGCUUUGCCAUGAGGCCACACUCAGCUGCUAUUUAAAAUUAAUAUCUUGAACCUAAAGAAUGCUGACUUUUCCUACAUUUCCAGAGUUAGGCAGUAUUCUACACUUAAAGACUACUACUAUUUUUAUAAAAAGGUAAUCUAUUCAGAUCGCUCCACAGAUUUCAAGUCUCUCAAACAUCAAGACAACUCCAGCAGUCGGUACACAUCACAUUUCAUUUGGAUCGAAUACAUGAUUUUGAACAGUUCCUGUACUUGCUCUUUGUAAAAAGAAAUAAAAUUAUUUUGAACGAUU